GUGGACUCUGCUAUGGAUCAGUGUGAGGAACCAGAGGAGGGAGUCCGUCCCUCUAAAACCACUCUGUGUGGGGACCAUGACAGCUGGACCGAAGCUCAGAGCCCAGAGCAUCUGCACAUACCAGACUCUCCUAGACCUGGACUUGAACCUGGAACUGAACCCAGACCAGAACCUGAAGCUAAACCUGGACCCAAGCCUGUAACUAGACCUGAACCUGAAGCCAAAUCUGAACCUGAACGUGAACCUGAACCUGAAUCUGAACCUGGACCUGGACCUGAAUCUGAACUGAAACCGGAACCGGAGCUUGAACCUGAACCUGAACCAGAUCCCAGCUCUGUGUCCAUGCAGAACAAUGAGUCCAUGGGGAUUCCUCUUGUUUUUGAUGUUGAAAGUGUGGACGAGGAGAGCUCAGAAGUUCCUGGUGGUCAGUCUGCCCAGCAGCAUCAGACACACCUAGACUCCAUAUUUAUGAUGUUGGAGGAGAACAUUGUCACAUUUGUGAAGAACGAGCUAAAGUUGUUCCAGAAAGUUCUGAGUUCAGAUUUCUCAGAAUGCUUAGAGAGUGAGAGGGAGGAUGAGGAGGUGUAG